AUGUUCGCUGCCCUGAUACUGUUCCUAUUCUCUGUUAUCGUCUACUACAUAUGGUUUUUCUAUGCGAAUGUAAAACGAUAUCCUAAAGGACCUACGCCUCUACCGGUUGUCGGUAAUCUACUUUCGAUCGAUUUACGAAAUCUACAUAAGUACUUUGAGCUAGUAUCAAAAGAUUACGGUGACGUCUUCACUGUCUGGCUUCCAAAGCCAUAUGUGAUCAUCAUGAAUUACGACUCCAUCAAAGAGGCUUUUGCGAAAAGAGGUGACGAUUUCGCUGGACGAUCUGGCCUGUUUCCUGACACUUUGUUUCAAAGCAUGCAUAAUGGAGGAAUUGUCUUUUCUCAGGGACAUCUCUGGAAGGAGCAGCGGCGUGUAUCACUCCAAAUACUUCGCGAUUUUGGAAUGGGAAAGAGCGGAAUGGAAGAACAGGUUUGA